AUGGCUGGCGAAGAAGAGAUUAUCUCCUACGUUGCUGACUACUUGAAGCGUAACGGCUACAAAAAGGCCGAAAGUGCUCUACGCAAGGAGGCUAAGGGAAAAAUCACCGAAGUCGAGGGAAAACUAGAGGAUAAAUGGGUAGAGAGCAAGGAGGGCUCUGAGGACGAUUCUUCUGAAUCGAGCUCCGAAGGCGAAUCCAGCAGUUCGGACUCAGACAGCGAUUCUAGCUCCGAUUCUGAAGAUGACUCGAAUUCCAGCAGCGAUUCAAGCUCUAGCUCGGAUUCCGAGUCGGAUGAAGCUUCGGAGAAGGGCUCCGAUGACGAACCGGCUAAGGAGGCUGACUCUAGCUCUAGCUCUGAUUCCAGCUCUGAUUCCAGCUCUGAUAGUGAUGGCUCGAGUUCCGACAGUUCUGACGACGAGUCAGACAAAUCGGGUUCGAGCUCUAGCUCGAGCUCAGACUCAGACUCAGACUCGAGCUCAGACUCUAGCUCAGACUCAGAUUCCAGCUCAGAUUCAGACUCAGAAUCCAGCUCCGACUCUAAGGACGAGGAGAAAUCAGAGUCUAGCUCCGACUCUGAGAGUUCCAGUUCCGAUUCUGGUAGCUCCAGCUCUGAUUCAGAGAGCUCUAGCUCUGACAGUUCCGACUCCGAGAGCUCUGAUUCCGACAGUUCGGACUCAGAAAGCUCGGAUUCAGAUUCAGAUUCUGACAGUUCUGACAGUUCUGACUCUGACAGUUCUGACUCCAGUUCUGAUAGUUCAGGCUCAGACUCAGAUGCAGGCUCUCAAGCUGGCUCGAAUUCUGGUUCCGACUCCGAUUCAAGCUCUGAUUCCGACUCAAGCUCCGACUCCGACUCCGACAGUGAUUCCGAGUCCGAGAAGACCAAGAAGCGCAAGAAGAAUUUCAGCGAGCCUCCAUCCAAAAGAAGCAAGUCUGGAGCAGACUCUCCUUCGUCCUCCUCCACUGCUUCCCAACCAGACAGCCCUAGCGAAUCUUCCAGAGACUCGAAGUCACCAAUUCCAGCUCCAAGCGAGACCCUGAAGCCUGGACAGCGCAAACAUUUCUCGCGCAUUGAGAAAGAAAAGGUUGCGUUCGAAGACAAGGUUCUAAUGGAUAAUGCAUACAAGGGUGCCGCUGGCACGUGGGGAGAGCAGGCCAACGAGCGACUUGGCAAGGUGAGGGGCAAGGAUUUCACAAAAAACAAGAAUAAAAUGAAGCGCGGCUCUUACCGUGGCGGAUCGAUCACCAUGGCGAGCGGGAGCUAUAAAUUUCAAGAUUAA